AGGAGAAGCAGAGGUCACUAAGGCGUCAACUUUGGUGAACCUUAACACCCCCAACAACACCAAGUGGACCCGGGUGGUAACAGCUCUCCGGUGUAACCCUUCAGACAGCAACAAGUUGCAGCUCUUGACCCCACCCCAGCAGGUAGACCGCACCGGGUACUGACGAUGGCAACUACCAGCCUAUACGACCAUUAUCGUAACCCUCUCUCCUACAGAUAUGCCUCAACUGAGAUGUCAUUCAACUUCAGUGAAACUAAAAAGUUCACCACCUGGCGCAAAUUAUGGACAUAUCUGGCCAGGGCUGAGAAGGAGCUAGGGCUGCCAAUCACAGAUGAGCAAAUAAAGGAAAUGGAAGCCAAUUGGGAUAACAUUGAUUAUGAAUUUGCUGCAAAAGAAGAAGAAAAGAUUAGACAUGAUACCAUGGCCCACGUUCGUACUUUUGCAGUGGCCUGUCCAAAAGCUGCCCCAAUCAUACAUCUGGGUGCUACUUCUUGCUAUGUGGGAGAUAAUACAGAUUUGAUUGUUCUUCGCGAUGGCUUUGACAUACUGCUGCCCAAAGUUGCCCGUUGUAUUCACCGAUUAGCCAAGUUUGCCUUAGAGCACAAAGAUCAGCCAACACUUGGUUACACUCAUCUGCAGCCUGCUCAAUUAACAACAGUUGGAAAAAGAACCACUUUAUGGACUCAAGAGCUUUUAAUGGAUGAGAGAGCCAUACGCAGGGCACGGGAUGAUCUGCGCUUCCGAGGGGUCAAAGGCACUACUGGUACUCAAGCAUCAUUCCUCCAACUGUUUGAAGGUGAUAAUGAGAAAGUUAAGAAGCUGGAUGAAUUGGUAACACAGAUGGCAGGCUUCAAGGAGGUGUAUAUAGUGUGUGGACAGACAUAUACUCGUAAGGUGGAUGUGGAAUGUCUCAAUGUUUUGGCUUCACUCGGCUCAACAGCUCAUAAGAUUUGCACUGAUAUACGAAUUUUAGCUAGUAAUAAGGAGAUAGAAGAGCCAUUUGAAAGCAGUCAGAUUGGAUCCAGUGCCAUGCCAUAUAAGCGUAAUCCAAUGCGUAGUGAACGAUGCUGUGCCUUAGCACGCAUCCUGAUGGCCUUGCCUUCCAAUGCCCUAAGUACUGCAGCAACCCAGUGGAUGGAGCGAACACUUGAUGAUAGUGCCAACAGGCGUAUCAGUUUGGCUGAUUCAUUUCUAGCAGCUGAUAGUGUGCUAAUAUUACUGCAGAAUAUCACUGAAGGACUAGUUGUAUACCCUAAAGUGAUCAAUCGCCACAUUACACAGGAACUUCCGUUUAUGGCUUCGGAAAACAUAAUCAUGGCAAUGGUCAAGGCUGGAGGCAAUAGACAAGAGUGUCAUGAAGAGAUCCGUGUACAUAGUCAGGCUGCCGGAAACAAGGUGAAGCAGGAAGGCCUGGAAAAUGAUUUGGUGGAGAGGAUAAAAGCUGCUCCAUAUUUUUCACCCAUACAUGAUCAAAUUGAUACCCUCCUCAGCCCUUCUACUUUCACUGGUCGAGCAUCCCAACAGGUGGAAGAGUUUCUGAAACUUGAAGUGGAGCCUGUUUUGAAGAAAUAUGAAGGCCAGCUAGGAAGCACCUCCACAUUAGCCAACUAAUUUAAUCUUUAUUCAUUAUGAUAUAUUUAAAUAAUGAAUUGUAAUACUGCUACUUGCUUAUGAUUCUUUUUCUUUUAUGAAAUUUAAAAUUGAAUUAUUAUUCUUUCAAUGUACUGGCUGUAUCCUAUUGAGGCAGGGUGGCCCAGAAAGAAAAACAAAACUCAUUUUUUAAAUUUAGUAAUGUAUUCAGAAUUUCUUCCCUGCCCCACUGUGCUGUAUGACCCUCAUAGGUUUAACGCUUCAUUUCUUAUUCUUCUUUCAAGAAACUGGCCGUAUCCCACCGAAGCAGAGUGGCCCAAAAAGAAAAACGAAAGUUUCUCUUUUUAACUUGAGUAGUGUAUACAAGAGAAGGGGUUGUUAGCCCCUUGCUCCUCGUAUUUUAGUCGCCUCUUUUGACACGCAUGGCUUACGGAGGAAGAAUUCUGUUCCACUUCUCCAUGAAGAUAAGAGGAAAUAAACCAGAACAAGAACUAGUAAGAAAAUAGAAUAAAACCCAGAGGGAUAUGUAUAUAUAUGCUUGUACAUGCAUGUGUAGUGUGACCUAAUGUAAGUAGAAGUAGCAAGAUGUACCUGAAAUCUUGCAUGUGUAUGAGGCAGAAAAAAAAAAACCAGCAAUCCUACCAUCAUGUAAAACAAUUACAGUUUAUUUUUUAUUAUAAUAAUAAUAAUCUAUACUAAAUAAUGUAUAAUAAACCCAUCAGUUGAUGUGUCAGCAGAUGGAUUUAUGAAGGAUGAGGUUAUCCAUAGAAUUGAUGAGGGAAAAAAGGCGAGUGGUGCGUUGAGGUAUAUGUGGAGACAAGAAACGUAAUCAGUGGAGGCAAAGAAUUGAAUGUAUGAAAGUAUAGUGAUACCAACACUCUUAUAUGGGUGUGAAGCUUGGGUUGUAAAUACUGCAGCGAGGAGGCGGUUGGAGGCAGUGGAGAUGUCCUGUCUAAGGGCAGUGUGUGGUGUAAAUAUCAUGCAGAAAAUUUGGAGUGUGGAAAUUAGGAGAAGGUGUGGAGUUAAUAAAAGUAUUAGUCAGAGGGCUGAAGAGGGGUUGUUGAGGUGGUUUGGUCAUUUAGAGAGAAUGGAUCAAAGUAGAAUGACAUGGAGAGUGUAUAAAUCUGAAGGGAAAGGAAGGUGGGGUAGGGGUCGUCCUCGAAAAGGUUGGAAGGAAGGGGUAAGGGAGGUUUUGUGGGCGAGGGGCUUGGACUUCCAGGAGGCGUGCAUGAGCGUGUUUGAUAGGAGUGAAUGGAGACGAAUGGUAUUUGGGACCUAAUGAUCUGUUGGAGUGUGAGCAGGGUAAUAUUUAGUGAAGGGAUUCAGGUAAACCGGUUAUUUUUAUAUAGCUGGACUUGAGUCCUGGAAAUGGGAAGUACAAUGCCUGCACUCUAAAGGAGGGGUUCGGGAUAUUAGCAGUUUGGAGGGAUAUGUCGUGUAUCUUUAUACGUACAUGUAUAUGCUUCUAAACUGUUGUGUUCUGAGCACCUCUGCAAAAACAGUGAUUAUGUGUGAGUGAGGUGAAAGUGUUGAAUGAUGAUGAAAGUAUUUUCUUUUUGGGGAUUUUCUUUCUUUUUGGGUCACCCUGCCUCAGUGGGAGACGGCC